GAAAAACAGAGGAAGAGAGAAAGAGAGAGAGAGAGAGAGAGAGAGAGAGAGGGAGGGGUAGCAAAAAAGUGAGAGGCAGAGAAGAGAAGAGACACUAACUUGGGACUUGACAAAGGAGGGCAGGUACCAGAGGCAGGACAAUGAGGGCUGGUGUGGGACUCUUCUCUGCACUGGCUCUGUUCCUCCUAAUGGGGGCAGUGUUCACUCAGCGACCUCGACCAAAGAGGCCCACCAAGCGCCCACCUACCACAAGGAAACCUUUUGUUCCUAAACCUGCAAUACCGGCAGAGCCAGAGCCCCAGGAACCCACAGACUUCCCCCCACCCAUCCUGGGCCCUCCCUCCAUCUUCGCUGACUGCCCUCGCGAAUGUUUAUGCUCCCCAAGCUAUCCAAAUUCUCUCAACUGUGAGAACCGGAACAUCCGUGUGAUUCCAGUGAUCCCAUUCAGAACUCACUACCUGUACUUACAGAACAACUACAUCUCAGAGGUCACAGCAGACGCUUUCCGCAAUGCUUCUGAAGUCCGCUGGAUCAAUCUGGCAAACAACCGCAUUCAAAGAAUAGACAAACAGGUUUUUCAGAAGAUCCCAGCACUGCUGUAUCUCUAUGCACAUAGAAACCAGCUAAAUGAAAUCCCGGCAGGCCUCCCAGCAAGUCUAGAGCAGCUUCGUCUGGACAGGAAUCGCAUUUCUAAGAUCCCUGCUGGUGCCCUAAACAAGUUGGAGAAUCUGACUCUGCUGGACCUGCACAAUAACCAGCUGAGUGACAGUGACCUGGGAAAGAACAUAUUUAAGGACCUAAAGAGCCUUAUGCAGCUCAACUUGGCUCAUAACACUCUGAAGAAGAUGCCGUCUGGCGUACCAAGUGGCCUCAUACAACUUUUCCUGGAUAGAAACCGUAUAGAUGACAUUCCAAAAGACUACUUUGGAGGUUUCACUAAUCUGGCGUUUGUAAGGCUGAACUACAACCAGCUGAGUGAUAAAGGAGUUCCCAAGGCUGUGUUUAAUGUGUCCACCCUGCUGGACCUGCAGCUGGCCCACAACCAGCUCAGCAUAGUUCCUGUCUUUAACAGUCACCUGGAGCAUCUGCAUCUCAACCACAACAGCAUUGAAAACAUCAAUGGCACCCAAAUCUGCCCAUUCAGUCUGCAGGCCGACCUGAGUGAUAAUAGUCUGGUGCCGAGGUUAAGGUACCUGCGUUUGGAUGGAAAUCACUUGAGUCCUCCCAUCCCUCUGGAUGUCAUCAUGUGCUUCAGACACCUUCAUUCUAUUGUCAUUUAGGAGGAUUUCACAUACACACACACACACACACACACACACACACACACACACACACACACACACACACAUACACACACACACACACACACACACACACACACACGCACAAGUGUGCAAGCACAUGCUCAAUGAAGCACAACAUUUCCAGCUUGUAGGCGCUGUGGAACUGCAUAACUGAAAGUAAUGUAAAACUUUGACACUUCAAACUUUUUAACUUUGAAAAGUGUCAUUGUUGUGAGAACCUAAACAUUCAUAUCCAUGAAAUAUGGAUAUACCAACUUUUAGCUUAAGGUUUUUAUAGGAAUUGCAGUUUGUAGUUUUUCUUUUAUUACUUCCAAAAAUAUAAUGCAUAAAAAAGUAAAAAAUAAAUAAAUAAAUAAAAGAAAAGAAAAAAGAAAGAAAAAAAGAAUGUUUAAAGACUGAAAAUACAGGUACAUUGACAGACAUGCUACAGAUUUGGAGGGUAGAUAUGUUUGCCAGCAGAUGUGACAGUGAACAGACCUGCACAGGAUGUAAAAAGAAGCAAAUACUAACAUAACUACCAUGUAGUUUAAACUGUCCUAAAUGUGCCUGUGAUUUUCAAGGUACUUCAUGUAAAAACUGUCAUUAUAUUCUUUUUAUUCUUCAUCUUAUGUAUAUUAUUCCUAUGUAUAAAGAUGCUUUGUAAAAAUAAUGAAAAAUAAAAUGUUGUCUUGGA